AUGCCACAGCAGCCUUGGAUGGGUACGUCUCGUCAACGCGUUAAAUCUGCGCCAUCUUUGACAUUCACGGAUUGCACCUUCUCCCCAAUUAAUCUAGUUUUUCUGACAGUCCUCCACUCAGUUGCACUAUUAUCAACAAUAUUCCGCGUCGCUCAGCGCUGGUCGGCGUCCCGAUUGUGGUGGGAUGACUUUCUUUUACUCCUUCCUUUGGGACUCGACGCAACGUACCUCGCAAGCUUGUGGGUGCUCUAUCACAGAUCUUUUGUAUACGACUCGGACAAAGGGAUUAUUGAUUCAUUCUGGUUUACAACUUUAUUAUGGUUUUUGAUAAUCUGGUCAUGUCGCACCAGCCUGGCCUUAUCAAUGGCCAGAAUAUUUCCUCCUGGCCACCACUCUCGACGGGCUUCUUUGACCCUUGCAUCUUAUCUUGUUCUUACUUUUACUGUUUGUGUCGUCGCUCUUUCUGUUGCCUGCCGUACGGGGAACAAACUUAUGUUCCAAGGAGAAUCUUGCAUAAAGGCUGCAGUGAUGUCUACUUCUUUGGAUCUUUCUGGCGACACCUUGCUCACUCUUUUUCCAUUGAUUACAUUUUGGCGGGUCAGGCUUCCACAAACUCAACGAUGCCUUAUCCUCAUAACAUUCUCUGCGAGUUUCACGACUCUGAUUGCAUCUAUCACUUUUUGUGUUUUACUUUAUGGAUCAAUUAAGGGGAAUUUUAACCUGGGAUCGAGCGACGGGUUCAUCAUCACAAUGACGGCUCACAUUGAGGCCACGACAUCCAUGAUUGUCUGCAACCUCGUUGUUGUUGCUGCGUUCUUCUACCGUAUCUUUCGCCGAGGACCGGACCCAGAAGCAGUGGAAGAGUCGACAGAAAAAUCUGAAGAAACGUUGAACACACACCUGCCACGGUCAGAUGAACCUAAUACCCGUAUAGAGUUUACAGAGAUAUCAGAUCCCACCUGGACGUCGCUCGAGCAGCGUUCUGGGCCCUCGAGUGGGACUUUUGAAGUAGCCUCGGACCGACAUCAAACCAACUUCCGAUCCAUAGUGGAACGGUGA